AUGUACGCCUACAGCUGCCUGCCGCCCGGGGAGGGCGUCUGGCCUCCGCCGCAGCCGCUCACCUACACCUACCUGCCCGCCCCUCUGCUGCUGCCCCCCAUCCAGGCCCACAACUUCUGCAGCCGGCCGGGGAGCCUGGGCGCGGGCGACUGGACGGCUCCGCGAGAAUACCACCGCUUCUACGGCCCGGCCGCGCCCCUGCCGGCCGCGCCGCCCUGGUGGGCCUUCCCGCCAGCCUACGCCGCGGCCCUGUGCCCGCCGUUCCCCGCCGCCGGUGUCUCGGGGCCGCCGCAGGCGUCCGCGGCGGCGGGGGCGGCCGAGAGCUGGACGCCGUGGCCGGAGGGAAGCAGCCUGCAGGCGGAGCUGCGCUGGGGGCGCGUGGAGCGCGCGCGAGGCCCGCGCCUUCCGCUGCCCGCCUUCGUGCGCCGGGAGCUGCGGCGCGCGUACGGCACGUUCCCGCGCACCGACGUGCGCGUCACCCACCGGCGAGGCGAGUUCCUGCUGGAGGCGGCGCCGCGCGUGCCCGAGCCCGAGUACCGCGUGGAGAGGCGCGUGCGGCGCCGCCCCGCCAGCGGCCACGGCGGCGACAGCAGCCCCGCCCCGGGAGCCGCGGAGCGCGGCCGUCCCUACCAGAAGAACGGCGUGAGCUGA